AAAAAAUACGCGAGUAUGUGGAAAAAGUAAAAACCUUUGUGUUGUGUGUGUUUAAGUGCCGAAAGCCAAGCCCACAUGUUGGUUCCUUCCUUAAACCAUCACCUAAACCUCUACCACUUGUGAUCAUGAAUUUGUUACACAGGAACCCUUGAAAUUUGUUGCAUCAUUUUCAUAAUCUUGUUCUUAUUUCAUCCAUUUUCUCUCUAGAUCUUUCUCUUUGUUUCUUGCUUCCAUUUUCACCAAAUGGGUUCUUGGUUUUAGCCUCCUCCAUCGAUUAUAUGCACACGCAUGUGUUGAGAUAAUCAGCCCAGGUUUUUACACGGAGGUCACGGAAAUCUGAUAACCUGAGCGGAAAACACAUCCGUUUCUCGACUGAUCUCUAUAUUUCCAUAAAGAUACGUUACUGGGUUUUUCACCGAACACAAACAUAAGAAAGAUCUUAGAGCUAAAGACUGAAUUUCUGUUUGGAUAGUGUUUUUGGGUCCUUUGGUCUCUUCAAUUUAUCGAUUUUCAGCCAUUUUGUGUUGUUCUAUCGAUUUUAAUGGCAGCUGGUUCCGAGGUUUUUGGUGAGGCCGCAGUUUUGGAGAUGAAUUCUCCAGCAGCUGUUGUUGAGCCUUCAUCACCAAAAGACCGUGGCCCUGAUAGUGAAAAAGGCGUGGAGAAAAGUGAAAAUUCUUAUUCUGGGAUGUCUGAGGAAUCUCGCGAUACUAAUGGGGUAAAGGGCUCUGAUGUGGACUCAAAUGCCGAUUCGAAAUCGGAAUUCAAAGUGAAGGAUAUUGUUGACAUGCUGAACAAACUCAAACUGAAUCCCCUGGCUAAGGAGUUCUUUCCUUCCUCUUAUAAUUAUGGUCAAAUGGGCGCUCAUAGUGUCGUGUUUUCCAAUAAAACUUUGGGAAAUGAUGGUUUAGCAAAUAAUCGGAGGAGAAAAAGUUAUAACAACUCAAGCAAGAGGAGAACGAGUGGCAAAGCUUUCAGAGCUCAAAGGGAAGCCAGCAUCAGGCGAACUGUCUAUGUUUCUGAUGUUGAUCACAAUGUUGUUGAUUGCCGAGUAUGUGGUGAUCCGCAUUCCCGUCUUCGCUUUGCUUUUGUGGAAUUUUCUGACGAAUAUUCUGCUAAGGCUGCUCUUACCCUUACUGGGACACAGUUAGGUUUCUCACCUAUUAAGGUUUUGCCUUCCAAAACUGCCAUUCUUCCUGUGAACCCUACAUUCCUUCCAAGGUCAGAGGAUGAACGUGAGAUGUGUGCCAGGACAGUAUACUGUACAAAUAUUGAUAAGAAGGUCUCUCAAGGUGAUGUGAAAAGCUUUUUCGAAACAAGAUGUGGCGAGGUUUCUCAAUUGAGGCUGUUGGGAGAUCACAUGCACUCCACACGAAUUGCUUUUGUUGAAUUCGUCAUGGCAGACAGUGCAAUAUUGGCUCUCAACUGUUGUGGUGAACUUCUGGGAUCUCAGCAUAUCAGGUACAUUUCAUCUGUGUUUUAG